GCGGCGCGGGAAGCCUCACGCACGGGUGGAAUGGCAGGCGGGGCGGCGCAGGCGCCGUGCGGGGGGCCGGGCUGCGGGGCGGGAUGGCGGCCUCUGCGCAGGGCCCCGCGGCCGCGCUGAGCGCCGAGCAGGCGAAGGCGGUGCUGGCCGAGGUGAUCAAGGCGUUCGGGGCGCCCGAGAACGCGCAGCGGAUGGAUGAGGCCCGGGAGAACGCCUGCAACGACAUGGGCAAGAUGCUGCAGUUCCUGCUGCCCGUGGCCACCCAGAUCCAGCAGGACGUGAUCAAAGCCUACGGCUUCAGCAGCGACGGCGAAGGGGUGCUCAAGUUCGCGCGGCUGAUCAAGUCCUACGAGGCGCAGGACCCGGAGAUCGCCAGCAUGUCGGGCAAGCUGAAGGCCAUGUUCCUGCCGCCCAUGGCGCUGCCGCCGCACGGGGCUGGCGCCGGCGGGGUGCCCGCCUCCUGAGGCCGCCGGGCCGGCCCCCCCCUCCCCUCCCCAGGGCUCCCCCGCCCCGGGAACCGGGCGCCCGGGCGCGGGAGGUGCUGACCUGAGAGGAGCGGGGUGCUCUGCCCGCUCCUCUGUCUGCUCGCAAAUAAAACAAGAUGUCUUGGAA